CGCUGAUUGGUUGCCGUCGCUGUUGGGAGCCACGCCGGUGAAAGAAGGUUAUGACAUCAUUUUGUCGGAAUCCCCCACACCCCUAGGAAAAGCAGCCAAUCAGCGUCAUCCAUUUCCUAUACAAUUCAUUUCCGGCGUACUUAGGUAUAAACACAAAGGCCGUACAAGCACUGCGUAAUGUGCUCGACUGAUCGGUCGYCCUACAGCAAGAAUACUACUACUAUAACCAUUGAAUGAUCUACAAAAUAUUUUAAAAGAAUGCUUGAAYUUUAUGGUUAAAGAAAUCAUCUUAUCAUUGAAUUUGGAUGUCUUCUUUCAUCGUGCCUAGUACAACUACCAUUACAACUCGUAACUCCAUGGCUGAAACCCUGCCUCUUACUCGAUAUGUUAUACUGAGUCUAACAAGAUCUAAUGUGGAAUGUCCUUCUGAACUGGCUUGCAAGUUUAGGACUCUUGUUUCGAAUGUACGAAAUGACAAAAAACUUUUACUUGCCGGGAGCUGCCACCAGGUUUCUCUGUCGCACGAGAAUGCCCAGUCGACUUUCUUUGCUAUUGGAGACGAACUUUUCGAGGACUCCAUCAACUGGGGCCGUAUUAUAACAUUUUAUGCCUUUGCAGUGGAGGUAGCAGAGUUUUUUAUCCAAAAAGGAGCGAACAAUCUGGUGAAUAGCGUUGUCAGUUGGACUGCUUUAUUCGUAGAACAGAAACUUGCUGCAUGGAUCAAGCAGGAAGGCGGUUGGGCAAAACUUGAACACUUGGAGUUUAACAUGUCUUCUUCUCCAUCUCAAACGCUGCUUUGGAAAGGUCUUCUUGUGACGGCUACGACCCUUGGACUUGGAGCUUUUGCAGCAAUUGUCUAUACAAAGUAAAAUAUCGUUUAUAACCGGCUUAACUGGGAUACCCCGUGCUGCUAUGCCAAUGGGUAUUUACGGAUACUUAGCGUAUAUUUGUAGACAUUUUCGCUGUGUUUGCGGAAUGACAUUUUUCUUACAUAUAUAACGGUUCGUCAAUGACAUGAAUGUAUGAACCAUAUUGGUUUAGCAAGUAACGAGUGGACAGCGUAACUAAUAUAAGAUAUUGAUUGUAAUGUAGUUAAUUAAUGAAAUAUAUGAUUGGUUGUUGUACAGAAUUAUUAAGGUUAUAUCAGGAUCCACCAUAUUUAUGACGCGGUUUUUGUCCCGGAAAUAUAUAGAUUUAUCGAGAUAUAUAACGACUGUUUCAAAUAUAAUACUAAUAUAUAUUUAGCACUUUGUGGUUAUUUUAAUAGGAACUAUUUCUAUAUAUAUAUAUACUAGUUAAGUAACGUAUUUUUAAUAAUUUUUAAAUAACUCUUUUAAUUUAGAAUCAUUGUUCUUUAAACUUCGAUCAAGGGCAUUCAAGGUUGUAUUACACUUGACUUAAACUUCCCUUAGAUGACAAUCAUGUGAUUUUUGACAGCUCACUCUGUUAACAUCACCAAAUCUGCUGAUAAUAAUAAACUUUAUACACAGUCCGAAAA